CUCCUGCUCGGUGGUAAAGGCUGGACUGAGCGAGGGUGAAAGGGGUAGCAGAGAGAAACCCCUCUAAUAGAACCAGGAGGAAGCCAGUAAAGACACAGCGUUUCACAAGGAAACAGUCAAGAUCCAAUGUCCGUGAAGGGUGCAUCAAUUGCACGGUGCACAUGUGAAAGAUACCCACUCCCAGACUGUAAUGCGCGGAUUUUUACGUGGUGUAUUAUACUGUGCUCUGUGGUAUGGUAGUAUAGUAGCAGGCUUCCUAUUUAUCGCCUGCCCACUCUUGCCGCUGUUGCUGUUGAGCCCACCGAGAUUUCGAAAAUGCGGAGACCUCCUAUUCUCGUGCUGGGAACUUUAUCCUACCGCUCUGUUGAGGGCGUUCGGCGUGAAAAUCUAUGUGUCUGGCGAUCAUAUAUCUCCCCAUGAGUCGGCCGUGCUCGUGAUGAAUCACAGAACGAGGGUGGACUGGAACUUUCUAUGGGCGGCGAUGUACCAAGCGUGUUUGCCCAGUGUCGGUUGUCAUAAGUUGAAAUUUAUUUUAAAGGAUCCCAUACGGCACAUUCCCGGCCCAGGAUGGAUAAUGCAAAUGAAUGGUUUCCUUUAUAUAACGCGACGCUGGGAGGAGGAUCGGGGCCGAUUGUCGCGUACGCUCGAUUACCUGAUCGCGCUGGACAGCCGCACGCAGCUGCUGAUAUUCCCCGAGGGCACCGAUCUGACGGAGAGCAGCAGGGAGAGGUCGGACCGGUACGCCCUGCAGCAUCACCUGCCGCGUCACACCUACACCCUCCACCCGAAAACGACCGGCUUCGCGUAUCUGGUCCAGCAUCUGCGGCGCGCGGACUUCCUCGACGCCGUGUACGAUCUGACGAUAGCGUAUCCGGACUACAUACCGCAGUCCGAGGUCGAUCUGAUCAGGGGUAAGUUCCCGCGGGAGGUGCACUUCCACAUAAGGCGAAUCGCGUCCGCGGACAUACCGACGCACGACGACUCGACCCUGAGGAGGUGGCUGGAGGACAGGUGGUGCGACAAGGAGGCAAUACUGAAGGGAUUCUACGAGCGGAAGGAGUUUCCCGCCCAGAUCUGGCCGAUGACGAGGACGCUGCCGUUGCGAGCCGCCUUCGGGUUCUGGAGUAUAUUAACGGGGAUGGCAAUGCUCCUAUUCAUCGUUUCCCCAAUCUUCCAACUGUGGACUCUGUUUCACGCGGUGUUCUUCGUCGGACUGUCGAUUCUCAAUAUGUGCUUCAAUCAGAUUGAAAUUGGGUGGUAUUGGCGCUGGAAAAACUACUUCCUUUUGAGCUAAAUGUAGUUAAUCGAAAAUAUAUUUUCGUUUUGAAUGUCACUGGUGCGGAGGGAGGGAGGGAAUCGCGUAGCUCUUUGUCUCUGUGAUAAUAUUGUACAUAAAAUCGUAACGUUAGGAGAAGAGCAGAUGUGACUUCAAAAAUCUUGUGCAAUAUCGCAAUUUAAUGUGAUCGUGUUUAGUGAUGGGUGUUCCUUCUCUUGAAAGUUUCUCCAAACUGUUCGAUCGUAUAAAGAGAUCUAAAUUGCUUCUAUAUACUAUUACAUGUUCGAAAUGGGAAAUUCUUUGAAAGUCUUGAAAAAUCUUAAAUGUUCUUUGAAUUUUUGCCUUUGAAACUGAUGAAGAUUUUAAAUGUCUAAAAUAUUUGUGCCCUUUAUAGAAAUAUUUGAACUUCACAAAAAUUAUCGUCUAUAUUAUCGAUGGCUAAAAUUGCUUUCUUGAUAUGAAAACAGUGGAUUAAAAUAAUAACAUAUGGUAUUACAACAAAAAAAAAAAGAAAAUAUAUUCGAGACAUUCAAAACUUUCAAAACUUUCCGAAAUCUUUUGGCUUUCGAAAAAAUUCGAUGUAUUUGGAGUUCAUCACUAUUUACAGUACAAUUGCACUAUUUUAAUCCCUUUACGUUUAUAUCUGAAUGUUACAGCGUUUUAAAAACGUGAUAGCGUAUAAGAGAUACAUAGUUAAGAAUAUGUAGUACUCUGAUAUGGAAAUCUAUUGUUCCGUCUAAAUUGGAACCAUCAAGUGAUAUUUUUGUUAUCGAUUUUGAUUUGCAGGAAUCAGGUUUGCAAUUGAAAAUCACUGUCGGAAUUAAAUAUCCCGGUAAUCAAUUCCUGCUGCAAAUAUAAUCACGUUCUCUUUUUAUUAAGACGUGAGGAUCGCAUUUCUAAUCACACAAGCAAACACACAUAUGUACAAACUUUGGUUUUGUGUUAACAUUUAUGCUAAAGCGAAAAUGCAUUUUCUAUAACAGAUAUAUUUCAUAGAAAUGUCUAUAUUUUAAAAUAUAUAUAAAUUUUUCAGAGAUUUACUAACAGAAAAACGUUCUGAACGAAAUAUUAAUUUUUACUGCAAUGAAUUUCUAAUAAAAGUUAAUACAAAUAAAAAUUGAAUUAAGAUACAUACAAGAUGGUCCAUUUAUCUUUUCUAUCUCAAAUAUCUCCGUUACUUUUAAGAAUAGAAAAAAAUAUUGGAGAAAUUAUUCAGUUCGAAAGGACGUAUAUUAUGAUAUAUUGGUAGGACAUCGAUACAUAUAAUAUAUAAUUUUCGAUGUUUCGAUGUCUUUUUUUGAAAUCGUACGAUUUAUCACUUUACCAAGUGUUACAGCCACAAGAAAUUCGGUAAUCUAAAAUUGAUGUCUUUUAAACGAAACUUUGCAUUUAUUAAUUUUAACAUUUCCCUUUCAGAAGCAAAAGGUAUUUCACCGAAGUCUACCGUCAAAUCAGGAAUACCUCACGUUACAUAAAGUAAUGUAAUCUAUAUGAUUCAAUGGAAGUUUAAAGGAGUACUUACGUCGCAUGUAAUUCGUAUAAUUCGUAGUUAGAAAAUAUUUAUUUUUUCUAGUAUUCUCGAUAAAGCGUAGGUAAACUACCGAGCGACUUCGAGCAUAACUAAAAAAAAAAAAAGUGAAUUCACGUGCCAAAGAGAUGUAAGCAGUCAAAAUAGUUUUGUAAGGGUUCGUUCACGCAGUAAGUGUAGCUGUAGAAGGUCUGUAUACGACGUGUGCAGAGUAAAACACACAUUAGAGACGUACUUUCUUUGUAUAAUUGUAUAACGUACCUGGAAUCGUAUACUCGGGAUAUAAAAGGAAAAUUACUUAUUUGUCUUUUACGUAGCUGGUAACAACAAAGUGUAAGAGUAGAAUCAUAAAUUGAUCGUAAUAAUCUAUUCCCGUGUACGUCUUAUGGAUUGGCAAAUUAAGCAAGUAAAGCGUCUAAAAUCUGUGUGUAUCAAAUAAAUGUUAAUUAGAUCGUCGUGAUAAUAUAAUGUGAAGUGCGUGUAAUGUCUAAAGUUGUUACGCGUCUAUGUAUUAUUGACACACGUAAUACACGGAAUAUUUUAUGUAACAUAUUAUUCUGCGUCAUGUACAGUGUUUUAAAACUGUAUAACGUUACAUGUGAUGUAUCAAGUUAUGUAUAUGUAUUCGAGCAGUAUAAAUCUGUGUAUCCUACUCUGAUCGUGAUGCAAAAACAAAAAAAUAAAUAAAAGAAACAGAACGCUUCAAAGUGAAAACGAACGAAUGUCCACUGAUGGUGCUGGAAUGAAACUUUUGUUCUAUUGCAUAAUGAUUAUAGUGUACAUAUUUAUGCUACUGUUUGUGCCAUUCGAUUCAGCAGUAAUGGAUUUAAAAUAAAUGUAUAGGGAAUGAA